CAAAAAUCUAGUGAAUAAUCUGUGAUUGUUAUUUCUGCAGUUGUGGUCCGAUGGCGAUGUCGUAUUUUGUUUAUGUGAUAUGCCGCGUAGAUUUUGGGGUGUAAAAAGACUUCUAAAAAUGCCUAUAACUGAGACUGGGGAUCAAUAUUCGAUAUGGGUGGGCUUAAUAUAUAUAUUCAAUUUGAUUGUUGGGACUGGCGCUCUGACAUUACCUGCAGCAUUUUCCAGGGCAGGAUGGGCAUUAAGCACAAUAUCAUUAGUCUUCUUAGCAUUUAUGAGUUUCUUGAAUGCAACUUAUGUGAUAGAAACUAUGGCAUGCGCCAAUGCAGUGCUAAAAUGGAAGAAACUGCAGUCUAUUAAGAGAGAGAGUAUCCAAGAUAGGGAUACUGAUGAAGAGACUACCUCACAACAAUAUGGAGAUCUCGAAGAACCCCUUGUUUGUGGUACUUCCAUACCUUCAAGAUACUACAGUCUGGACCAACGUGUGGAACUUGGAGAAAUGGCAAACCUUUUUUUUAGCAAGACUGGAAGGUUGAUGUUUUAUUGCACUCUCUGUGUAUAUCUGUAUGGAGACCUAUCGAUAUAUUCAGCUGCAGUUGCUAAGUCCGUUAUGGAUGUUGUAUGUUCAACAGUCUCUUCGAAUGUCACGAACGGCAGAGGUUGGGAGAGCUUGCCGUGUUUCAACGCAACCGAUGAUCCGAUGGCGUACACUCGACUCGAUGUGUAUAGGGUCUCUCUGCUCACCUUCGUAGCGGUCAUGGGGCCCUUCGUCUUCUUCAACGUGCAGAAGACUAAGUACCUGCAGUUGCUGACGUCAGGAAUGAGAUGGCUCGCAUUCACGAUAAUGAUCUCAAUGGCGAUCCAUCUGUUAACGUCCCGAGGGGCUGAAGGCAGACCUCCUACGUUUGACGUGACGGGAAUGCCCACAUUAUUUGGAGCAUGUGUGUAUUCAUUCAUGUGCCACCACUCGUUGCCAGGACUCAUCAGUCCGAUACGAGGCAAGAACGGCUUGGGGCUCCAUCUCUCUCUAGAUUACGUUCUCAUAAGCGUAUUCUACCUGUUAUUAGCGUUCACUGGCGCUUUCGCCUUUGCCGAACUAAACGAUUUGUACACGUUAAAUUUUGUGCCGUCGGACAAUGAAAACAUAUUCCUUAAAAUUGUCGAUUAUUUCCUUUCACUGUUCCCGGUUUUCACUCUGUCCACGAGUUUCCCGAUUAUAGCGAUUACAUUAAAGAACAAUCUGCAGUCUCUAUGUUUGGACACGGGUCGCAUUGAAAGUUACAAUGUUGUCGUUAGAAAAUUUUUAUUUCCCGUCGUUACGGUAGUUCCUCCGGUACUGUUGACGUAUUAUUUAGAGGAUAUCAGUGUGUUGAUUGAGUUCACUGGUUCGUAUGCGGGAGCCGGUAUUCAAUAUUUGAUACCGACGUUUCUCGUUGUGUCCGCCAGGCGGCACUGCGUCGCCCUGCUGGGUUUGGGCGUGGUCAAUAAGUAUAAGAGUCCGUUCUCGCAUGCGGCGUGGGCAGUAUUCGUCCUGCUCUGGUCGUGCAUGUGUAUAAUAUUGGUCUCCGUGCACAUAUUAGAAAAGAAAUCAUGACGAUAAAUUACGCGGUUUUUUUUUAAGACCAUAGACGGAAAUGCUAAUAUAUAUUUUUUGUAUGUUAUUAAUUGUGAUAUUCUAACGUGUGUGUGUGUGUUAAUUUUAUAAAUUUAAGACAUAUUUUAUUGAGGGCUUUAUCUUGAGAUAGCAAAAUUAAAUGACUUAUUUAUGUACUUGAAUGAUAUUCGUGAAUGUGUUUAAAGUAAAAGUUAUAUAAAUUACAUUAUAGUAGGAGUUUUAUGAAGAAGAAAAAAACACGAAUGAUUAGAUUUAAGGAUAGGUACCGCGACGCUCAACCAAUUUGUACCUUCUUAUAUCUCUACGGUUUAAUUGUUGUCGUAUUUAAAGGCUUUGUAUUCACGAGCGAACGAAAAUUAAACCAAACUAGAAAACAAGCUUUAGAAUUUUGUCACUCUACAUGACAUCAAAACUCCUUUAUUUCCUAUUGAAAAAUUGACUCUCUUUUCAAAACCAGAGCAUCAUGCCUGACAAAACUCUGGUAGUUACUCAUUCAGCAGACAUUAUGAAACCUCAUUCUGGUGCAUCGUCGGUCCCUAGCAGUAGUGUGAUCAUCCUAUUUUUGAAGCUCUCAUCCCAUUCCCCUAUUUAUUUUAGGGUCUGGUCAUCACAUAUUUCUAUAUCUUCAAAUACCUCCCACAUUAAUCCUGCAAUAGCGUUUUGAGAUAUUAGUCAAUAGACAUUCCGGCCUGUGUAACUCGCUUGAGAUGUUCAUUUUUGUUGUAUAUUUCCUCUUUCAUUUAGAAUCGACAUGCUAGUCUUGCGCAGGUGCUUCUUAGUGCUGAAGCAUCCCGUGAAGUAUAUUUUUUAAAUUCUCAUCCCAUUCUCCUAUUUAUUUUAGGGUCUAGCCAGAAAAUUGCCCGAAUCUUUGACCCUUGACCUCAUCUAUGCUAUUCCUUCGAAGAUAUCUUCAAAUAUCUCCCGCAUUAAUCCUGCAAUAGCGUUUUGAGAUAUGAGUCUAUAAACAUUCCGGCCUACGUAACUCGCUUAAGAUGUCCAUUUUUGUUGUAUAUUUCCUCCUUCAUUUAGAAUCGAUAAGCUCGUCUUGCGCAGAUGCUUCCCAGUGUUGAAAUGUCCUGUGAGGACCCUAGCGAAUCUCAGAUUAACUUAUGUAAUGGAUUUAAAGAUGUCUAUUGAAUAGUACUUUCCAAUCAAAUGUUCCUAGUUCAAUAAUUCCUACACGUCAUUGAGGUCCUAUGGUUGGUUGGAGACAUUUCAUAGAUACCGCGACGCAACUAUGCGUUUCUCAGUGCUUUGACUCUUUAAGUCUCAAAGCAGAUGGCGCUGCUGUCGCUGUAAUCUACUUCACUACCCAAAAAUAGUUUCUGGCCGACAGCCCAACCAACAAUUUCCAGGUGAAAUACAACACUUAAUUUAUUAAGACUAAUUUUAUGUAAUGUUAUACAAGCUUUAUUUUUUUAUAUUUUAGAGAGUUUAAUCCAUAGACCUAUAUAGUAGGGACACGACAUAUUGUUCUAUACGUACAAUUGCUUAUAUAAAUAGCACCCAUUUUGAAGGCACACACAUAAACAUAUAUCUAUCUCGUUCUUACUCAGCACUUUAACUCGCAGGAAAACAAUAUAACAGUAUUUCAGUGCGUACAUAAAAUGAAACAUGAAUAUACGUAAAUGUCUCCGUCUCCGUCUAAUGAGGCCGAAAAUCCGCCAUGUUUAGCGCGCCAAAUGUCAUUGUCACGUCAGUUCGGCCGUCUGUUUUGGGUUGUACAUUAUUUAUUGACUUUGAUAUCGAUUUAAUAUGAUUGCUUAUAUAAAAUUUCUAAUUUUAUCAUGCUUAAAACAUACAAAAAUAAUAAUUAAAACAUAUUUUAUAGGAUCUCAAGAAGGUCGAUGUCCCAAAACUAUUAUCUAUAUAUAUUUAAAUUCAUUAUGGAGCCCUCAUCCGAAAAAUAGAUUAUACACUUAAUAAUAUAUUUGAAUCCGAAAUAUCGGACACCAUUUUUCAGUCGGAAUCUAUUCAUCAUGACACUAAUCAUAAAUACCUCUUUAAAAUGUGUCAUCAAAACAUAUUUAGACAUUCUGUUUAGAUAUUUCGGGAAAAAGGCUACCGACAAAAUCUCUUCGGAACUAUUUAAAUAAAAUAGUUUUAUUCCGCAGUGAGUAAAACACUAUUGUAAAUUCGUUAAAUAUUUAUUAAUUAAGUGAUUUUAGAGAGGAAGUCACAAGGAAUGACGUUUGUAAUUUCAUUAACGAAUAAAUGUUCUGUAGGUGUUUUUUUUUAUCAGGCGGUCCCUUGAUAAGUUUAAAUUUUGAAUCACUCUCAAGUGAGAGUGAUUCAAAUGGUGCGGUGCACCUUCCUUGAGGUGCACUGCGGUAGUCUGUUACGGACUUUAGAGUCAGCAAAACAAUUAAAAUAGAUUGUAAUAGUCUAAGAAAAACACGUACUCAAAAUACGAUAACAUUCAGCAUGCUAGAAAUGGGCUGAUGGCACUGUACUAUGCCAUAUCUUUAUGUUUUGCGGCAAACGACAACUUUAUAAAAUCAGUGUAGCAAAUUUUAAGAAUCAUCAUAUCGUUUACUUGGACAAUUUGAAGCACGAACUCGUCUUAGAUUUCACAUAAUAUCUAAAUCACAUCAUCUUUGCACAUAACAAUAUAUUUAAUUCCUAUUAAAGUAUAAAUUCUACAAAUACAUUCAUACUCAACAAUAUUUAAAAAAAUGUGUGCGUGUACUAGUGUACACACGUAAGAAGUGAAACUUAUUUAUGGCCUUAUUUUUCGAAAAAUGAUCUACAUGCAACUUUCUAGAAAUUGGUUAAAUAAAGUUAAAUUAGAUAAAGUUUAAACAAAAGGAUUUUAUUAUCAUAGACAUGAAUACAAAAAAGUUAAAUUAGAUAAAGUUUAAACAAAAGGAUUUUAUUAUCAUAGACAUGAAUACAAAACAGAUGGCGCGUAACGGAAAAAUGUGACGCGUAACCGAAAAAUGUGACGGUAAAUUUUUUUCCAACGCCGAUAAGGAAGUUUCACUUCAAUAAAAUAAGCCAAGAACGUUUAUCGAUAAAACCUACUAACAUUAAAAUCUUCUGGGCAGCACUAAAACCGCCAUGUUUUGUGGCCAGAUGACGUCACAGUGGCACGAAUUUUUUGUUGACGUUUCAUUUCCAUAGGUUUCCUACUUCAGUGGUUUAAUCAUGUUAAUUCAAUAAUUGAUUUACGCUUUAUAUAUUUGAAACCAGUGAAUGUGCCAAAAAUAUGCAUAGUUUUAAGUGUGUGUGUUUUUUUAUAAUUAAUAUAAAUUAACUAAUUAACGCACAUUUUCAAACAUUUCGGUAAAAUAGUAAUUAAUAUUUAAAACAAAUCAGUGAAUAGAAAUUGAAAGUCGAACAGACCUGAGUGUUAUUCUCUGCUAUUAUUAAUUUGAUUUUAAAUUUUUAUUUAGAAUAUGUCCUGUUAUGGAAAGAAAUCUUGUAAUUUUUUAAAGCGCGAGUACGUUUCAUAUUUUAUGUACUAUUGAUUGAUUUUAUGACAGGAUUUUUAUUGCUUGUACAUAAUAAAUAUAUAUGAAAGGGCACUGUAUCGAAAAAAAACCUGUGUACUUAAUCUACUUAUGUAUUUGAGAUAUUCUUAUGUGCAUCUAAAUCCGAUUAUUAUGGGAGGGGGAGCUCUUUGCGAAAUCCCGAAGCGUAAUUUUACGUUCAACUUUAUUUAAUACCGUUUCUUCUGGUUUAAACAUUCAACGAUAGCUGAUUAUUGACAGUAUUCGUGAAAGUUGAAGUGUAAAGCUUAAUAAGUUCCCCCCAUUUCGCUCUGAAGAUCAUCACAACACAAUUAAGAUUAGCUAAAAUGUGAAGUAACCAAUGGUUGUGAUUGAUAAAAGGCUUUUUUUUUUUUCAAAAAGUACUUACCUACUGUCUAAUUGAGGCCGCCAGCGCAAAAGUUGCCUUACCUACAGUUUUUCAUAUUCGUGCGUAUAUAUUGCAAUUUACUUAAAUCAUAAUUAAGAUGCAAAACCGGCCUAUCCCUAAUUCCACCCAUAGAUAACAGAUGCCUUUGUAAACAUUAUUUUUGCGCGUAUUGUUUCUGCUUACGAAGAUGUAAACGUUAAUUCAAAUCUCAUUAUCAUUUAACGGCUGUCUGGUUUAAUGGUAAGUGACAUGGUCACUGCAUACGGGGGUCGCGGGUUCGAAUCCCGCCAAGGGAAGAUAUUUGUAUGAUAAAUAUAAAUGUCUUUUCCAGGGUUAUGGAUGUAUAUUAAAUAUAUGUAUGUGUAUAGUAAAAAUCUUACAUUUAUUUCCGUUAUCUGGUACUUGUAACACAAGUUCUUUACCAAAUUAUCACGGGACUAGUUAACGUGGCGUGAUUGUUAGUAAAUAUUUAUUUAUUCUUAUUAUCUCCAUACUAACUAUAGCAAGCUUAGGUCACUUUUGCGCUGACGGCCAUAAUUAUUGUGUUAUUUGUGUUCUUCAAACGGCUGGUCCGUGAUGAAUUAUAGUACCUAAUUAAAUUUUUAUACAAUAGUGAUUUUUUUUUACAUUAAUGAGUUGUGUGAUUAAACUUGUGUGUUUUGUGUAAUGUAACAUUGUAUAUUUAAUAAUAAAUAAAUGCCUAUUUUUAACUGUUA